GCGGUAACGGGAGCUUCCGGGAGCAGUGUGCCGGGGCGAGCCGGUCCCAGUGCGGUCGGGGUGAGGAUGAAGAAGGAGCAGGUGGUACACUGCCAGUUCUCCGUGUGGUACCCGCUCUUCAGGGCCGUCACCAUCCGCAGUGUUAUACUUCCUCUGCCAGAGAAUGUGAAAGAGUAUUUGCUGGAUGAUGGAACACUUGUGGUUUCUGGAAGAGAGGACCCACCAAGUCAUGCUCAGGAGGGGAGUGAUGAUGCAGAGGAAAUACAGUGGUCAGAUGAUGAGAAUACUACAACACUUAAGGCACCAGAAUUCCCCGAGUUCACAGCUAAAGUUCAAGAAGCAAUAAGUUCCUUGGGUGGUAGUGUUUUUCCUAAACUUAACUGGAGUGCUCCAAGGGAUGCCUACUGGAUAGCAAUGAACAGCUCUCUGAAAUGUAAAGCUCUCAGUGACAUCUUCCUCCUCUUCAAGAGUUCAGACUUCAUUACUCGUGACCUCACUCAGCCAUUUAUUCACUGUACUGAUGAUUCCCCUGAUCCUUCCUUGAACUAUGAGCUUGUUCUUCGCAAAUGGUGUGAACUGAUCCCUGGUGCAGAAUUCAGAUGCUUUGUCAAGGAAAACAAGCUUAUAGGUAUAUCACAGAGGGACUACACUCAAUACUACGAUCAUAUCUCCAAGCAACAUGAGGAGAUCUGUAGAUCAAUACAGGAGUUUUUCAAGAAACACAUAGAGUAUAAAUUCUUGGAUGAAGACUUUGUUUUUGAUGUGUACAGAGACAGCAGGGUAAGUGAACAAUAGGUUGUAUGUAAUUGUUUGUUCUGUGGAAACUCUUCCUGAAAUGCU